UGACACAGCGCAUGAAGAUAUUGAAAACAUUAAAGACGCCUUUUUCGCAAAUUGUAUUAACGCCGGUCUCGAAUUUGAACUAGAAAUGGGUGUGGCACCGAAGAAUAGUGGUUUAGUGUAUAUAAAGAUUCACGCCCCAAAUGCAGUAAUUCAGCAACUAGGUGACCACUACAGCUUCAGGAAGUACUUCAAGAAUAACCACCUCGAGCUCAGCAAGGAUGCCGUGCCUGACGAAAAAGAUAUAAUCAAAUGUAUCCGCCGUAAUUAUCCAGGACCAGGUGCGUACUCUACAAUAGAUAGAAUCUAUAUUGUGUACAAAUUUCUGAGAUUCAUGCCUUUUGGAGAUGCAGAGAACUACCGCGGUAUUGAACGACUAAUAGAAAGAGGAAUAUUUCGCGAAGUUUAUCCACUACAUGAUGGCCCUUUCUAUAUAAUGGAUCAAGAUUACACGUCUAUAAACGGUAGACAGGCACUUCAUGAAAAUUGGGUUGGAAGCGAAAAUAUAAUACGAAGACAACCAGUCAAUACUAUUAGGGAAUACCUUGGUGAACGUAUGGGUUUUUUGUUUGCAUUUUUCGAGUUUUACAACUUAGGCCUCGUUGCGGCUUUGGUUGGUGGGAUUCUUGUCUUCUUGCUGGGUCACUAUUCUAAAUCACAAGCUAUCAUCAAUGCAUCCGCGUGUACAAACAAUACUUACAAAUUUCCUCACUGGUUUACGGAAACAGUAUGGUUGACCUACCGGUUGACUUAUAGCCACAGACACUGGUGGUCCCGGCCUACAUCUGUGCAUCCAUUGCAGAAUAUGACUUACGAAUGUAGACACUACUGGUUCAAAGUGGCCGCUAAAGGCCAAUGCCCUUAUAACUAUCAGAUGUCGAUGGUGACAGUGGAAUCAACUCGUUGGUUUGGCGGUGUUGGGGGACGUGGAUGGUGGACAAUUUUUAAUUGGUUUAUUCCGAUAGCUUAUUACUAUCAAUAUCAAUGGACCUCAACGUACAGUCGUGCAGAAUGGCGAAUAGGAAGAAGAUCAAACUACAAGAUUACAACAUACUAUGAUCUGCCAGUUUGCCCUAAAUGCAAGGACUUUCAAGUCUGUCCAUUCAUAAACAUGACCGUCUACUGCUUAGAAACAAAAAUGAAGACUGCUAUUGACAAUCCAUAUGGAAUUCUUGCUUUAGGAUUUAUAGUGCUCUGGGCUAUUCUAUUUAGCCGCUACUGGCAACGCAAAGAGUAUUACCUAUACUGGAUGUGGGAGUGUCGACCGGAUGACAUGGAUAUUACUUUUAGUUCGGUCUAUGAACACGUGCACGCGGUCGUUGCGCAGCAGGCGCGGGACAUGAGGACGAUGAAAUUCGUGUUGAAUAAACGCGCCCAUAUUCUCUGCGGGUUCGCAAGUUCAGUACAGAAAUGCUGA